UGUUAGCAGUUCAGACGUUUCGGCUACAGCUUGAUAACACUGCCGUUACUAUCAAAUUUCAAAGUUUGACGGUUAAUAAUUUACUUCGUUUUUAAAAAUUUAAAAAUGAUUCUGACUUUUAUCGUUUUUUCUUCCGUCUGUAUAAUCAUCAACACCUCCGCUCAGCAAUGUUCGCCAGCUCUUCCCACGGUCCUGCUCGGAAACGGCGGCGAUUCUCCUCAACAAGCUGAUGGCGUAUGGUACGUGUAUAGAAAAAUGGGUGGCAGUUAUCCCAGUGCAGCACAGAUACAAAUCACCAGCGUGGCACCGUAUCCCGACCCUGUGACGAGUGAACCGGCAUAUCUGCAGUGGUGGCAGAUAUUUUCCGACACAGCCACCACGUCCUGUCCGCACCAGUUCUGGACCGGGACUUACGCCGGCAAAGGACAGCAGAUUGGUGACUUGGGUGGAUCGGAUGAUAAUUACAUAAGGCGCCCAACGGAUUUUGUCGUGCUGUAUCACGACUACCAAAACCUUUUGGUGACGUAUGGCUGCAGUAAGUCACAAACGGAUGGCGUCCAUUGUGCCACGCCCACCAUCAUCGCUCAAACGCGGAAGCGGCCAGACCAGCUAUCGGCAGCGGAUAUGGACAGUUUUGACAAUAUAAUCAAUUCCGCUUUUUCGAAAUAUUGUGUAUCCGUGCAAAAUAUACCGAAGGAAACAUAUGGAGCAAAAGGAACUUGCGCUGCUAUCGACCCGCCGAACUGUGUGGCCUUAGAUAUCCAGGGAAUGAAGAACACCCUCGUCAACCCUACUGGUUCAGCAGCAUCCACCAGCCCAUCAUCCUAUGGAAGCAAUACCGGCACGACGCUCUCGGGAUGCAAAUGGCCAAAUACAAUCCCAUCUCAAGGUCAAAUCGACCUUAAGCAGAUUGACGGAACAUUUUUUGUCUAUCGAAGAAUUUUCCCACCUGAAGCCAGCCCAGUGAACCAACAAGGCGCUUGGCAUGAUGUCGGUUUGUCCGCGUCACCCCUGAUCAACGCUUCAGCUCACACGUACUGGGCGGAAUAUGUUAACUAUGCUAACGCCACUUCUUCUCAGUGCGUCACUGGUUUCUUUGUCGGUGAAAUCCAAACCACCGGUCUCAUAACGGGUUUGAUCCUUCCCUACACUACCGCAGGCGCUAUACAACCCUACUCAUCAACGUUUCUGCUUGUCGACUCCACACAGCUCUUCUUCUACGGAUGCGGGGCACAAAAUCUGCAGACCGGCAUCUGUGAUGCGCCAGUCGUGGUACACUUUAUCCGGACCAAUCCGCUGCAGCUGUCCCAGACGGAAAAAGAUGCCCUGGAUGCGGUGGAGGAUCGUUAUCUGAAUAAAUACGGAUGCAGUGCCGCCAAAGAUGUCCCGCUUAUUCUUCACACCGCUGAUAAACCAUUGUGCCCGAUGGUGGCGCCGACCGACUGUAUGCAGAACCACAUAACCGGGUACCAGCAAGUCCUGGCGGCUAUGAAGACCGACAGCUCCUAUUAAGUCAGGCGAAGCGCUUGCAAAUAUUCAUUUUCUUGUACUGGAUGAGCUUCCUGUGACAACUCGCAUUGCUGUAAUGGGCGGUGACUUGAGCGAAAUGCUUUUUGGUUCCAUUUUGUGUAUUUUGC